AUGAAGAUCGUGGCCGUUUAUCACGGGGUUCCGACUCCCCCCUGGCGCGUGUGCUAUGAUUUGCGGGAUGUGGAGGAAGCUGCGAGGGUGCUUCAUAUGCCUGUGAUUGUGAAGCACGCGAGCGGGUAUAAUAGCGUGGGGAUGACGCGGGAUUCCAAGUGCGGGACUGUAGAGGAGCUGAAAACGCAAGCGGGUGUGAUGAUAACGAGUUUUGGGUCCGCUAUGGUGGAGGAGUUUGUGGCAGGGCGUGAGUUCACUGUGCUUGUGUCAGAGGAUCCUGAAGCGGAGGCAGCAGCAGCAGCAGCAUCAGCAGAGCAGAAACUUGCAAGCGCGAAGCAAUCAGGCGGUGUGUUCGUAUACGCGCCAGUGGAGUGUGGGUUUCCUCCAGGAGAGGAGUUCAAGCACUUUGACCUCAAGUGGGUGGAGCAUGAGGGACUGCAGUGGCGCCGCGUGGCUGAUGAGGGCAUGGAUGCGAAGCUAAGGAGCAUGGCUGCUACCAUGUUCGCUGCGCUCGGGGGUGUUGGCUAUGGAAGGCUUGACAUUCGAGCUGAUGCCGAAGGAAACAUCUACUUUCUCGAGAUGAACCCCAACUGCGGCAUCUUCUACCCUCCGGACCAGCAGGGAAGUGCGGACUUUAUCCUCUCGCUCGACCCCUCCAACGACCACCGCUCCUUUCUGCGCCGCAUCCUGCUGGCCGCUGUGCAGCGCUGGGAGCGCCGGCAGCCCUCUGUCCUCGUUAAGCAGUGCUCCAGUACACCUGCUACUCCUCAAAACAGUACAUCUUUGCCUGCAGCACCUGCACCUUCAGCAUCUGCUGCCUCCUCUGCACCUGCUGAAACCUCUGCAGUAGUAUCUGCUGCCAAUGACUCCCAGCUCAACCCCACCGUCCUACACAAGCCCGCUAGCCCCUACUCCCCGCCCAGCUUCGGCCUCUUCGCCGCCCGUGACUUUACCCCAGGUGACACAAUCGAGCUCCUGGAAGAGGCCCCAGUGCACCUGGUGACACGUCAGCAUGUGGAGAAGCACUGGUCGGCGCAGCAGCAGCUGUGGUUCCGGCAGUAUGCGUGGCCGGUGGGGCCGGGGGUGUGGGCUAUGUGGAGCCCCAGGGCAGAGGACUGGAAGCCUUUGAACCACUCCUGUGACCCGAACGCGUGGUUGGAGGGUCUGAAUGUGGUGGCGCGGAGGGCGAUAGGCAAGGGCGAGCAGAUCACAAUCGACUAUGCCACCUUCUGUGUGGACAGCGAGCCCUUCCCCUGCUCCUGCAGCAGCAGCAAGUGCCGUGGCAACGUCACCGGGAACGACUACCUGGCCCCGUGGCUGUCUGAGGAGUAUGGGGAGCACAUGUCAGCGCAAGUGCUGUACCUUCGAAAGCAGGCCCAAGCAUCACCGUGUGGCACUUUGGAACCAAUGCUAGAGAGUGCCAACUGGAUGUAG